AUGAAUAGCACCGGCUCGAACUAUUCGUUAAAGCAUAAUAAUACACAAGAUAACAAUCAUAAUUCAGAAGAAAGUGUUACUAACAAAACUGGCGAAUUAGACAAACCUGGUGUAAAAGAUGGUCAAGCAUUGUCAAAGGAAGAAAAGUUGAAAAGACGACAAGAACAGUUGGCAGCAUGGAUGCAGAAGCGUCAACAGGAAAAUCAGGAGCCUAGUGGGAAGGUCACAAUUUCUGCGACAGACGAAACAAAUAUCGAUAAGGAAAAACUAAUACGUCAGCAAAGAAUAGAAGAAUGGAAAAGAAAGAGGCUACAGAAAUCAGAGGGCUUAGAAACAGACAGGUCGAAGAUAAAGACAUUCGAGGUGAAGAGUAGUAAUGAACCUACAAUUAAGAUCAAUGCAUCAAUGAAGAAGACUAUUACUCCAGCUAAUGGUCGCCUGAAGAAGAGACCGAUUUUUGGAGAUGAAGAUGAAGACGAUGAAAAGGAAUCAAAACCUAAGUUUAAGAAGCCAACGUUAGAUUUGGCUGAAAUUGAGGAGAAAAAACCUGAAAAAUCUAUUGAUACUGAAAUCGACGAGUUGGAUAAAUAUUUGCUGCUUCUAGAAGAGAAAGAGCAAGGAGUGGAAAAUAAAAAGAUUGAAAACCAUGAUGAUGAUGGAAUAGCGAAUGGGCCAGGAGUGGGCAAUGUUAACGAGUCUGAUGAUGAAGAAAUAGAUGAAGAUCAAAAACAACAAGAUAUACUUUCUUCCAAGCUAAACAGACUUCAAAACAAGCAGAAACAAUUAGAUGAUGUUGAUCAUAACCAAAUACAGUACCACCCGUUCAGAAAAGAUUUUUAUACGGAGCCAACAGAAAUUCUGAAGCUUCCAGAGGAAGAGGUUGCCAAUUUACGACUCAAAUUGGAUGGAAUAAAAGUACGUGGUGUCAAUUGUACAAGGCCCAUUAUUAGAUGGUCCCAAUUGGGCCUUCCAUCUACAAUAAUGUCGAUUAUUGAGGGGAGGUUAAACUAUUCAUCGCCGUCUUCAAUUCAAGCCCAAGCCAUACCAGCAAUCAUGUCAGGUAGAGAUAUUAUAGGUGUUGCUAAAACAGGAUCGGGGAAAACUUUAUCCUUUGUUUUGCCAUUAUUGAGACAUAUUCAAGAUCAACCACCAUUAAAAAAAGGUGACGGUCCAAUCGGUUUGAUAAUGACCCCCACAAGGGAGCUUGCUUUGCAAAUACACAAAGAGUUAAACCAUUUUACUAAAAAGUUAAAUAUAUCAUCUUGUUGUUGCUUUGGUGGCUCAUCCAUAGAAUCUCAAAUUGCUGAAUUAAAGAAAGGAGCGCAGAUAAUUGUUGGUACACCUGGGAGAAUAAUCGAUUUAUUGGCUGCAAAUAGUGGUCGAGUAACCAAUUUGCAAAGAGUGACAUACUUAGUAUUAGAUGAAGCCGAUAGAAUGUUUGAUAUGGGAUUUGAACCACAAGUCACCAAAGUUUUCACCAGAGUAAGACCAGAUAGACAAACCGUGUUAUUUUCAGCAACAUUUCCUAGGAAAAUGGAACUACUUGCAAAAAAAAUUUUGGAUAAUCCGAUGGAAAUUGUUGUUGGUGGCAUCAGUGUUGUUGCAUCUGAAAUUACUCAGAAAGUCGAGUUAUUUGAAAAUGAAGAUGACAAGAGCUUAGAAGAAGCUAAGUUUUCUAAAUUAUUGAGCACAUUAAACGAUUAUGGAGAUAAAGAUGCUGAGUGUAAGAUAUUAAUAUUCGUGGAAAAACAAAUCGCUGCGGAUGAGUUGCUAGUCAAGUUAUUGACAGAAAAAUAUCCAUGUCUUGCCAUUCACGGAGGAAAGGAUCAAAUAGAUCGUAAGCAUGCAAUAAGAGAAUUUUCUUCGUCAAAUAGUGGGGUGAACAUUUUAAUUGCUACCUCAAUCGCUGCCAGAGGGUUAGAUGUUAAAGGUUUAAAUUUAGUUAUAAAUUACGAGGCAGCAAGUCACAUGGAGGAUUAUGUUCACAGAGUUGGAAGAACCGGUAGAGCAGGGAGGAAAGGGACGGCCAUUACAUUUGUUUCUUCAAAACAAGGAAGAGCUAUUACUGAUUUGGUUAAGGCGAUGAGAUUAAGCAAAGUGUCCGAGGAUGAAAUUAACCCACGAUUAAUUGAAAUAAGUACGAAAUUCUUAGAGGGAGUAAAGUCAGGAAAAGAAAAAUACAAUUUUGGGUUUAGUGGGAAAGGAUUAGAUAACUUGCAGGAAAUCAGGGAGAGUAACAGAGAUUUAGAGAGAAAGGUAUAUGGCGAGGAAAAUGAUUCAUCGACUUUCAAAGCUAAUGAAAAGAAGCAAAACAAAACAGACAUUCAUCAAUCCGAUCUUGAUGUCAAACUACCAGACUUUCAUAUCAUUGAAGGAAGAGCUCCAGAAACGGCAGGACCAGAUAAAUGUAAAUUCCAUUCUAGAAUCACUAUUAAUGACUUGCCCCAAAAGGCUAGAUGGAUUACUGUUAAUCGUGACAGUUUAUCUAAAGUGAUAGAAUCUACAGGAACUUCAAUUACGAACAAGGGGAAUUAUUAUCCCCCAAAUUCAAAAAUUCCUAAAACAAUUAAACAGAAUGGUAAAGAGGUUACUCCACCUCCUAAAUUGUACUUACUAGUAGAAGGAUUAACAGAAAAAGCGGUUCAUGAUGCGAUAAUAUUAUUAAGAGAAAAAAUGAUUGAAGGAUUAGAAGUAGCUGCUAAAGAGGAAUCAAUGGGUCCAACAGGGAAGUAUACAGUUUAA